AUCAAACACCUACACAUAUCACCACCAACACACACACAGGCAAAACACAUCAAGCUCAACACACAUGGCUGACAAUGCCGGUCUAGUAGGCCUGCUCUUGGAGCAGCACCAGCUGCGCCCACCAGCAGCAGCAUCAAGAGCACCACCUCAAAUCACAAGCAAGGCCACUCGUCCCCUCCUCGCCACCGCCAAGAACGACGUCGUCGACAAGGGCAGCUCCGCCGCCGCUUCCUUCAGCCGCUCUUCCUCUUCUUCUUCUUCCCGUGCACCGGCGCCGACGGUGUCGCCGACGACCGCCUGCCCUUUCCUGCACCGGUGCUUCUUCUGCCACGGGGAGCUCGCCGACGGCAGGGACAUAUACAUGUACAGAGGCGAGAGGGCGUUCUGCAGCGAGGAGUGCCGCUGCCGCCAUAUCCUGGCAGAGGAGGACGAUGACGACACUACUACCUCGGUCGGGGUCGUGGCAGCGGCAGCGGACUGCUCCACCCAGCUCCGCCAUCAGGCCCUUGCUGCCAGCUUCACGUUCUGAGGUGGUGUCCGGCCGAGCGGGCGGGCGGGUAGACCACCGAGGACUCGUACGGUGGGCCUGCCACCGGCGGCUUGCCGUGGAGGAAGCAACGAUGUCCAUCACCUUGAGUCAGAUAGCUUGUCCAAACACAGAUGGGUGUCACGGACUCAUGCACGGCUGAUAUAAUCUGAUUGGGCUUCAAUUUCAACGUUUCAAAAUGAUGGGUUAAGUUUCUUGUUUUUUGUUGGAGGUGAAUGUUUUUUUUUUGCAAAUUGUCUUCUUAUACAGUAUAUUAUUCUGUCGAAACUACCUUCUUGUUUUCAGUGCUCUAUGAUUAUCUCUUGUUAAGUAAGUUGGAUAGUAAGUUUGUACAUUUCUAUCCUCUUUAAGCUUUUGUAUUUAUAUAAUUAUAUCA